AUGCCUGCUAAGCCAGACACAAUUCUCUCUGGAGCAAAACGGAAAGCUAUAACACCAACAGCAGAGAUUGCUGACAAACCUUCAUUAAGCAGUGCUCUGAAGAAAAAUGUUAACGAGUGGCGUUGUGCACUUUGUCAGGUAAGUGCUACAGAUCAAGGCGGCCUGAAUGACCACCUCCAAGGAAAAAAACACAAACGCAAGGAGGCUGCUUUAGGCACACAGAAGGACGAGAAAAACUGCAGCAUUGGUCUUUUCUCAAAGAAACCAAAAUUCAUCCAGCUUGCGGAAUCUUGCAAUGAUCGGAUACCAGAGAAGAAAUCAGAGGAAGGAUCCUCAGGUCCAAUCGAUAAUGAUGCAUCCUUGUUGAUAGAUGACAGUGCAGGUGACUUGGGAAAGAGCACAUAUAAUACAGCUAAUGACGAGCAAAACAGUAAGGAACAUGAGAAUAGAAGGUUCCAGUUUUGGUGUGAGAUAUGCAAGAUAGGGACCUUCUCUGAAAAGGUGAUGGAGACACAUAGGUUAGGAAAGAAGCAUGCUCGGCGUCUUCAACAACUUGUUGGCACUGACAAGCAGUGUUAG